CAAAGCAAAAAUACCACAAAAGUAUACUUUACAAGCCGACAGGGAACUAAUUCAUUAAAUCUAUACAGAUUUAAGUCCAUCAAAGUUUGUGUCUUACACAGUGUAAGCUCGGAAGUGUAAGCAGCUUACAGUAAGCUAACCAUUAAUGACAGUUUGAGAACUAAAACCGAGCAACAACAGCUGUAAUGGCUGAGAAUGUCAACCAUAAAAGGAGCCAUAAGGAAUGGCGUAAAAUUGCCAAAAAAAUGCGAAGGAAAAAAUGUCGUCAAAAAAGUGCCGAAGAACGUGAUCAACUGUUAGAAAUGGAUAAAACAACACCAUCGUAUCUAACCUGGCUAGCUGAGCAAGAAGCCUUGGAGCUUGCCAAAGAAGAAUCAGCAGAACAUUUACGACAACAAACACAUAGGCAGUGGCUAGAAUACGACAAUUUAGUACGAGAACAAUGGAAAAUCAAACAAGAAAAAUUGGCAAAAAUUCAAGAGGCUCAGGAACAGGAAAAACUUCGCAUUCGUGCUGAAUUCGAAGCGAACAGAGAACGAUUACGUAAACUGAAAGAGGAGAAAAUCCGUUUGUCUGAAGAGAAAAUUGAACAAGAGAAACGUUUGGCAGCAGCUAUUGACAGAUACAUUACCGGAAGUGGAAGCCUACCGGUUGAAUUAAAUGUGAAUGCGGAAAGCAAUCCGGGAAAAGCGAUCUGUCCAUUCUUCGAGAAAACGUCAACAUGCCGUUACGGAUUUAAGUGCUCGAGAAAUCAUUACCGGCCUGGCAUUUCCCGUUUGCUGCUCAUCCCCAAUUUUUUCACGCACAUUCGAUUGGAUCAAAGCAAGAACACGGAAUAUGGAAGUGAUUUCAGUUUGGAAAUCGAUGACACCGAAUUGUACCGCGACUUCAACGAAUUUUUCAACGACGUUGAACCGGAGCUGUCAACAUUCGGGAAAAUAAUUAAUUUUUGCGUUUGUAGCAAUCAGGAACCGCAUUUACGUGGUCACACUUACGUUGAAUUCGACGAUCAGAGGAAUGCCUUGAAAGCUUAUCGCCAUUUGCAGGGACGUUACUAUGCCGGUCGUAUGUUGAAUGUAGAAUUCAGUCAGAUGAUAACGUGGCGAUCGGCGGUUUGUGGUUUAUCAUUCGCAAACAAAUGUCCGAAGGGACGCAACUGUAACUUUCUACAUCUGUUCAAAAAUCCGCGCAAUAAAUAUCCGCUCUUCGAUAAAUAUCGAUGCAAUAACGGGCUGUCUACAACUAGACGAAAAUCUCUGGAACGCAAAAGAGAUGAUGCAUUUGACACUAAUUGGGAUGAAGAUGAUGGCACAUCAGCAACAAAAAAACGAAAUUGGCGUUGGUCAGAAAGUCCCGAAGUCGAAGUAGCAACACGACAAUCAUCGUCACGGUCAGUAUCACUAAAACGUGAAACGCAUUCACGAAGGUCGCCCAGCAGAAGAACCCGUGACUUACGAAAGGAAAGGGGCCAUGGUAGUAGUAGUAGUCGCUCAGAGAGACGUAGUGAAACAAGGCGACGAAGAAAAUCAGGAGAUAGCCGAUCAAGUGAGAGAAGAAGCCGAAGCAGAAGAAAGGAGGGAAGUUCGGUAAGAUCAUCGGGAUCUUCGCAACGAAAGUGUAAAGAAUAUGAAUCAAAAAAGCGAACGAAAUAAAGCGAAAUGUGAUA